AUGUUCUUUCUAUUUCAUUGGACCCUUUUCUUAGCAACCGUUGAGCCAAUGCAUUCGGAAACCGUCCCAACAACUAUAAACUACAAUGUUUUGGGGCCCAUACUGAGGAAAAUAUUAUCCAAAAAUAGUUCGAAUCAUGUAUUACGGUUUGAUACUAGUAAAAAUCAGAUCAAGUUGAAGAACGAUAAGUCGAUUCCAGGGCCAAUUUGUUUGGAGUCUCCAUUUAUUGCGUUGCCUAAUUUUGAUAUUCUGAAGCUAUUGGAUAAAGGACAUUGUUGCGGGUAUUGUGGGGAAGUUCUAAAGAUUUAUGAUGAUGGGAAAAUGAAAGAUGAUGGUAAAAAGAAGAAUCGUUUGAAACAAAAUUCCAUGGAAAAGCAUGACCGAUAUAUCAAUGGGCUAGACUGUUCUGACUGUAAUGUUAAAUGGUGCGAUUCACAGUGUAGGAGGCUGGAUUUUAGGCACCAACUUCUCCAUCAUCGUCCUACAAAUAAGACCUUCUCACAUCCUUUCACGGAUAUUAAUGGUAAAGAGAUUGACACGUUUUAUUUUGAGAAUUGGAAUGCUUUGCAGACAGAAUUGAUAGCAAGAGGGUUGUACAUGCUAUACAAUACUAUACUAUGUAUUUUUCAGGUGUAUUUUGAUAGUAGCUUGAAAGAAACAUACGAGUCACUAUUAUGUAUCGAUUCUAAAGAAGCACAAGAACUUGAGGCCUACAUUAAAAGUCUAUUGAUAAUGGAUGCAAGCGUUGAUAUAAAAAAGAUCUGGGAAGGUUUUAAUAAAGUUUUCAAAAAUUAUGGCAUUGACUAUGUCGAUUUCCUCAGGUAUUCCAUCAUUUACCACCUCAAUAACUAUAAUGGAUCGAUAUAUUUGAUAUUCGCCACGUUGACUAAAUCCGCUGAGGUUGAUGCAAAUGCAAAGGUUGAAUAUUAUAAUGGAGCCAUUCAAAGAGAUUAUGAAGAGUUUUCAAUGGUUCCAAAAACCAAAAGUCGGGAUCUUCACAUUGUCAAGCACCACAUUACCGAUGAAACAAAAGUUAGCCAAAUUUACACUAAUCAGAAGUCGUGUAGGUUAGACAAGAAGAUCCUUGAAAUCAGUACCAUCAAGAAAACAACAGCCCAGGAUGAAAUUAUAUUAUCUAAGCAAGACUACACGAAUCCGCUUGAUUUAGAAGAUGAUGAGCUUACAUUUUUGCCUGACCAUACGUCCACCAUUCCCAAGAUAGUUGUGCCUAUAUCUGGAGACACUAACCAGAAGCGAAGACCAUCAAGGGUCUCAUUUACGUCUUCGGGCGCGUCGUUUGGGGAAGGUAUAAUUAAAUACAAUAGGAAUCAAAUCCGAGAAAUGCUUGAAAGCAUGACAGAAACUAUAGAAAAGGAUGAAUUAGAAGAAGUAAUCGACGAUGAUAACGUUUCAUCAGUUGGAUCUACAGUCACCAUUGUCGACAAGGAGAAGCUUGUCAAUAUGGUGAAGAACUUGCAAAUUGCACCGCACGCAACACAACGCCGGAAAAGCGUUAAGUUUGAUGACAACGUUUCUGACAUUUAA